GAGGUCGGCCGGCCGGCUGUCGGCCGUUCCUACGAUGGUGGCUGAGUGACCAACACCACCAGGAGGACAGGACGCGCACGUGCAGCACCAGGAGGACACCCCGGACAUCUGUGGAGAGGACGCGAUUCGUCCUCCGAGGAGACGGUCCGCAGCACCGUCCGCCAGCAUGGCCAGAACAUGGGCCUGCAUCGCGGUGCUCCUGUGCGUCGCAGCGGCACGGGUUGCCGCGCAAUGCAACUGCAAGACGGUACCGCAGUGCCCGCAAGUUUUUAGCGGCGGCAAGGUGACGCCCUGCAUCAUGCCCAACAACAAGGGCAUCGGACUCUGCUGUCCAGCCUCCAAGUCGCCGGCGCCGGCGCCCACGACUCCCGCGACCACGCCCGCGCCUACUCCGGCUCCUACACCAGCUUCUACACCUGCACCAACACCGGCUCCGACGCCGGCCCCGCCGCCGUCACCGCCACCAGCCGCGGCCGCUCCCAAACCUGCGGGGCCCGCGGCCCCGAAGCCGCCGGCCGGCUUUCCGUCGUUCCCCAAGUUCCCCGGCUUCCCGUUCUUCCCGCCGCCGGGUUUCCCGCCGGUGCCUCCCAAGGCGGCGGGCGCCGGUCAGCCGCCGCUGGCUGCCAGCCAGGUCUCCAUCAGCCGAACGGCGAGUGAACCGGAGCCGGGUGUCAAGAGCAACCCCAACGUGCUCACCGCGCGCAGCAUCCCGCACAACCUGAACAGCGGACCGCUGUCCAUCGCCGGCGUCAAGCCCAGUCCCGAGCCGCCCGCGCCAUCACCGUCGCCACCUGCACCGCAGCCACCAGUGCCAGCCGCCCAAGGCGCGACACCGGCCAAGCCUUCGCCCCUGGACUUCUUGAAGUUCUUGCAGAUGAGAGGAAUUAAGCCACCACCUGGACUUAACUUCGAAGCUCUGAAGCAAAGCGCCCCCGGAGCAUCCAGCUCCGGCUCGGCACAGUCCAGCUCUCAGUCCCAGAGCCCUACAAAGCCCGAGCCGCCGCAGCCUUCCCCUGCAGCUCCGAGCCCACAGCCAUCCCCGGAGCCUAGUGCACAGCCUGCGGAGCCCUCACCGGCGUCCCCGUCGGCUGGCGGCGCUGGAGGUCAGGGAGGUCAGGGAGGCUCAGGCUCUUCGUCUGCUGCAGAACCCGCUCCCGGACAGGAGCCCGGAGCACCGGCCGGCGGAGGCCCGAGCGGACCGCCCAAACUGCCCCCGGGUGCUUUCCCGCCUCCGAAGCCGGGCUUCCUUCCAUUCGGACCCUUCAAGCAGUCUGGACUGCCUGUGCCCUUCCCAGGUUUCCCUCCCGGUCUUCCUCCCAGUUUCAAGGGACAGCCGCCUCCAUUCGUACCUAAGUUGCCGUUCCCCUUCCCAAAACACCUCUUCCCACCGAAGCCCUCUGCCACUCCAGCGGCUGAGGCCAGUGCCUCACCAAAGCCCAGCGCAGCCCCUGGCCAGAGCCCUGAUCCGUCUGCAGGGGGUCCGGCUGCCCCCGAGCCGACGCCUGCCGUCGACCCCACACCGAAGGCUCCAGGCGGUCCGCAGGCAGCGCAGGGAGGCCAGUCUGGCGGUGCCUCCGCACCACAGCCAGGAGGCCCUGGAAAGGUGCCGAGGCCGGUCUUCCCGCCACGUUUCCCGGGAUUCCCUGGAUUCCCAGGAUUUCCGGGUUUCCCAGGCAGGAAACUCAGCACCGCUGGAGUUAAGGUGUCCCCUCUCGGUGGCAUUAUCAACCCGGGCGCUAAUGAAUUGGGAAAGCCUACCAGUGGAGCUGGCGCAGGACAGCCAGGCGGCCCCAGUGGAAGCAGCGGUGCAGGACAGCAGGGAUCCCAGCCGGGCACGGGACCAGGAGCACAGUCCACCGCACAAUCAGCCUCGCAGUCCACGCAGCAGCCCGGCGCACAGUCUGGACCCCAACAGGGACAACAGCCUGGAUAUCAGCCGGGACAGCAGCCGGGACAGCAACAAGGACAGCAGCCGGGGCAGCAACAAGGACAGCAGCAAGGACAACAGCUGGGACAGCAAGGACAACAGCUGGGACAGCAGGGACAGCAGGGACAGCAGCAAGGACAACAGCUGGGACAGCAGGGACAGCAGCAAGGACAACAGCUGGGACAACAAGGACAGCAGCAGGGACAGCAGCCAGGACAGCAACAGGGACAGCAACAAGGACAGCAGCAGGGACAGCAGUCCGGGCAACAGCCAGGAUCUCCACCAGGAUUCUCAGGACUUCCUGGAAGACCCACUGCUCCCGGACAGCCAGGAGCUGGAGGACCCGGUGCCGGACUUCCUCCUCCAGGUGCAUUCAAGAUUGGUGCCAACGCCCUGGGAAGAACUCCUCCCGCUGCACCAUCGCCGGACGUCCCAGCGGCCUCAAUCAUCGCAAGUCAGCCAGGCGCUCCUCCGGGUGGCUUCAAAAUCAAUGCCAACGCCCUGGGAAGAGUUCCCGCUCCCGAGCCAUCCUCCAGCCCUGCAGCUGUGCCAAUCACAGGAUCUCCUAGCCGUCCUCCUACUCCUGCAUCUCCUAGCGGUUUCCAGUUCGGAGGAAGUGCUGUAGGAAGGCCCUCCCCCACCGCUAGCAGAAACAUCCCUGGCCAGUUUGUCCAGCCGACCACGGCCGCUGCCCGCCCUGGCGUUUGUGUGCCACUCGUCCUCUGUCCACCGCUUGUGGCCAAGCAGGACAUGCUCUACUCCAACUGGUGUCGUCUUCGUGACGGCUCGCUCGGAUUCUCGUGCUCGUUCGAGGGCACCAAGCUGCCAAGCGUGUCAACUGGCCUGUCUUCACGGUCCACAGUCGGCACUGGUCCAGGAUCACCACUGGCGAACAUGAGGCCUAUGAACAUCUAUACCACUGGCUCCCGUGACUUCCGUAAGGCAACCGAGGAAGCGAACCAAUACUUGAACGACGCCAGUCUUGCAGCCGAGGAAUUCGUUAACCAGCAACAGAUCACCGCAAACAACCUGAGGUCAACAGGUCAAGCACCGGCUGUUAACAGCCCAGCAAACCUGUACGCCUGGAACACACAGUGUAGUGUCGACGCCGCGGAAGUUGGACUAUGGGCACUGCACUCUCUGAGCACCGUGCAGAACCUUGAGAUCCUGGCUCCAGGCACCGUGCAAAAGAUCAAGAGCACAGGACCGGAUGGCCCUGCUAAUGCCGCCGAAGCUGCCGUCGCCGCCCUGUAUGCUGGAACAUCUCCAGAACCGACGCCUGACCAGCUACCGCUGAUCGUGCCAGACUGUGAACCCGCCCAGGAGAUCUUCUGCGAGCCGAGCAACUACCGCAUGAUCAACGGUCAGUGCAACAAUCUCAAGAAACCUCAUCUUGGCAGCGCCAUGAUCGGCCACAAGCGUCUCAUGAGCGAUACCUUCGACGACGGCAUCUUCGCGCUGCGCACCAAGACGAUCCGUGGCGGAGAGUUGCCGAGCGCUCGGAUCGUCAGCGAACGUGUCCUAGACACACUGAGCAACGAGCUGCGCGACUGGACGCUGUCGCUGAUGCAGUUCGGUCAAUUCGUCGCCAAUGACCUGACCAAGACGCACGUCUUCCGGCUCACUGAGACCGAGGGCCUUGAGUGCUGUCUGAACAACGGUUUCGUUUUCCCCGCGCCGGCCCGGCACCCGCAGUGCAUUCCGAUUCCGAUCAAGAUCACGGAUCCGUUCUACGGCCAGUUCGGUCAGCGGUGCAUGACCAUGACACGCUCUCUGCCAGCUCCGGAGCCAGAUUGCGUUGCCCGUCCCGCGAAGCCACUGAACGAGUACACCUCCUUCCUCGACGCAUCACAGAUCUACGGCAGUGACCCGAAGGUCACCGAAGAGCUGCGUCUGUUCCGCGAAGGUCUCAUGAUCACCAGCGAGGUCGGUGACCUGAUGCCGAUGACUGGACCGCCUGGCCCCGAGAUGCCGUGCCGCGCUGGAGUCUGCUUCCUGGCUGGUGAUUCGCGUGUCAACCAGCACAGCGGUCUGGCUGUCAUCCACACCAUCUGGCUGCGCGAACAUAACAGGAUUGCGCGCUCGCUCAUCAAGCGCCACCCGGACUGGAAUGACGACCAGCUGUUCGAGGAGACACGUCGCAUUGUGAUUGCCGAGUGGCAGCACAUCGUGUACAACGAAUACCUGCCGGCUAUCCUCGGCUUCGACUAUGCCGACGCACACGGCCUCCUGCCUUUCCAGAAGGGCUUCUCCAACUACUACGACGAAAAGAUUGACCCGACCACUUCCGUGGCGUUCGAGUCUGCCGCCAUGCGCUUCGGCCACAGCAUGGUCCGCGACAUGUACGACUUGCUGGACGCCAACGGUCAGGUGUUCCGCGUGGUCAACCUCACCACCACCUUCUUCGAGCCGACCAUCGUGACAGACGGCUUCGUCGGCCAUGCGCGCACCCUGGUGGCCCGUCGCUCCGAGGCGGUGGACACCAGUGUGGCCAAGUCGAUCCAGCAGCAGCUGUUCACCACCAACUUCCAGUACGGUCUGGACCUGAUCGCCAUCAACAUCCAGCGUGGUCGCGACCACGGCACGCCCACUUACGCCCAGGCGGCCGAGGCGUGCGGCGUGGUCCAGGUCCACUACUGGGGAGACCUGCACCGUGUCAUGGAGUCCAAGACCAUCGACAAGCUGCGCUCUGUGUACGACGACCCGCGUGACGUCGAUCUCUUCGUCGGAGGAAUCGCCGAGAAACUGGCGCCUGGCGCUCAGGUCGGUCCGACCUUCCAGUGCCUGAUCGCGCAGCAGUUCUUCGACCUCCGCUACGGAGAUCGGUUCUUCUACGACAACGGCGGCCUGCCGCACAGCUUCACCGAGGUACAGCUGGGCGAAAUCCGGAAGACCAGCUGGGCGCGCAUCCUCUGCGACACCCUCGGUGCCGACGUCGUCAACGGCUUCAGCAAGGUGCAGCCGCUGGCGUUCCUCACCACACUGGGUCGCAACCAAGUGCUCAGCUGUAACACGCUGGCGAUCCCGCAAGGAGAACUUAGCGCGUUCUGAGCAUCCAUUUGAUAUUUAAGCAUUGCUUAGAGUGUGUCGUUAAAUUUGAACAUACUGCCGUGGGUUUGUUGCCAAAGUAUUUAUAUGAAGUCGAUCUUCUCAAUCACGAAGGACUGUGGCGAAUGUUUUCGGAAUGUGACACCACUCACUGUAAAAACGUCGAGGAUGACGAAACACUGUGUUCACCGGUGCGAUUAAUAAAGCUAUGACGUCACAAUGUGACUGGCUGUGCCGUAACAGGUUUGUGAGUGAGCAUAUUGAGCACCCCGUUCCCAAGAACAUCGAGAGACUUGCUCCCCGACGCCCGCAGUCGAGGGAAGCGCCCGACCAACCCAGAGAACGAGAAUGACCCAGAGUAGCUGUUGUGUUCUACUCGCAGUUUGCAUGUCUGUAUAUAAGAUGUGUGGAUAUUUCGUUGUAAUAAUACAUUGCCAAUAAAUGUUGCCGUUUAUGA